CUGCACCGAGCAUGAGGCACCUCCUGGGUGGCAUCGGGAGGCAGAGGCUGCGAUGCUCUUCUCGGGAGCCCUUAGAAUUGACAAUCUGAGCAUGUCAUCUCUGUGCCUAGCGAGGACACAGCGCGGUGCCGAGCUGUGGAAGGCACCCAAAGCUCUGGCUCGGUAGCCAAGUGCCCUCUGGCCAGGCUGGCCCAUCCCGCAGGGCCGGGGGCCGCGGCCGCUCGGCCCCGCUCCGCGGCGCCGUUUCCGGGGGCCGCGGGCAGGUGAGGCGGCGGCGGGCGGAGCGGAGCGGCCGCUAUGCGGCUGCUGCUGCUGGCGUGUCUGCGGGCACAGACCGGCAACGCCACCACGGCCGCCAGGAUCCGGGAUCAUCUACAUGCUGCAGGUCAUAUCUGUGUUCUUAAAGAUGCUUUCAUGUAUGAAAGUCCAACUGAAAUAGCAAACCUGACCUCCACAGACAAGUUUGAUGCAGCCCUGGCCAUUCACCUCUACAAAGGAGGCAGACUGCUGCAAGGGAGCAAAAUUCCUUUUGGAAUCAUCUUUGGUGGGACAGAUGUAAAUGAAGAUAUCAAAUGUAAAGAGAAGCGCCAGGUAAUGGGAGCAGUGCUGGAGAAAGCCAGGUUUGCAGUGGCUUUCACAGUGGAAAUGAAGGAGCUGGCAGCAGCAGAGUGGCCAGAUGCUCGGAAGAAAAUCCACGUGCAAAGCCAAGGAAUUAAGACUACACCCAGUGAAACAUUUGAUUGGUAUAGAUUCCUACAAAAUGCAGGCAUUCCUACAGACACAGGCAGUGUGCACCUCUUCCUUCUGGUGUGUGGGCUCCGGAGAGUCAAAGACCCUCUGUACUUAGUGGAAGCUUUCUCAGACUGGCACAGAAAGGAUCCCAGUGUCCAUCUGGGCAUUAUUGGGCCUGCAGUUGAUCCACUUUUUGCCAGUGAAGUUAAGGAGAGAGUUAAAAGGUUCCCCGGGGUGCACGUGCUGCAGGAGCUGCCCCAGCAGGAGCUGCACGCUGCUCUCAGGAGGAGCCUGGCCGUGCUCAACAGCUCCGUGUCCGAGGGCAUGUCUGCUGCCAUCCUGGAGGCAAUGGAUUUAGAAAUCCCAGUGCUGGCAAGGAACAUUCCUGGGAAUGCAGCACUAAUAAAACACAAGGAAACAGGCCUGCUGUUUUCAACUCCCCAGGAAUUUAUUGCACUGUCCAAGAGUUUAAUGAAUGACCCCAUUAUGGAAAAGGAGAUUGUAACAAGGGCCAAAGACUACGUGAAGAAGCACCACUCCUGGGAAGGUGAAAGGAAAACCUACCAGAACCUCGUGCAGAGACUCCAGUGACGUGGCAGGCUGCAGCGGGGAGCCAGGGGAGCACUUUCACGGUGGAAAUGUGAUUAGCUUUGGGUUCCUCUUGGGUUCCUGUGGGAGAGCAGUCAGACCUUGCAGUCCUGGUUCCACAAACAGCUCCCAGCUGCUGCAGCCCUGCUGGCUGUCCAGCUGAGCCCGGAGCAGCUGCCCGGUGUUUGCUGCUGUGAUGCCGGCCAGGGCAGGGCACUCCUGGCACACAGAGCUCUCAGGAAACCUCCUGCCUGCUGCGUCCCACCCCUGCAGCAGCAGCAGCAGCUCCCUUCCCACUGCCACCCUCUGAGCACAUCCAGGUGCACAGCACACGCUGGGCUAAAGCCAGAGGGACAAAUGAUGGCAGCAGAGCUUCCUGCAGCCUGCCCGGGGGCAGCAGGAGCAUCACAAGCAGUGAGCAGUGCUGCUGCUGGGCCGGGGGAGGAGCACAGGGUGAUCUGUGCUGCCCCUGAGCCCUGCAGAGCACGGCCCAGCUCCCCUGAGCCUGCAUUCCUGCCCCUGGCACCAGGGCAGGAGGUUGGCCCAGGUGCCAGGCUGUGCCAGAGAUGCUCUGUUACAUCAACUACCUCUUGGUUUGCCAGUUCCUUUGGUCCCCCUGUGAUUUACUUAUUUAUUAAAAGAUUUAUGAGACCUACAAAAAGGGAUGGGGGGUGGAGGUAUUUUCAAUUUACUGUUUGUUCUUAUUUGUUACUUCUCAGGAUGUAUUUCUAUAGAAUGCAGCAGCCUUGUCUGAAAGUGAGACUGAUCUCUGCUGAAAGUCCCCACUCAUCAUUCCUGGCAGCCCAGGGAUUAUGGACACACCUUUGAGUCUGUGACUGGGCAUCCAAGGACUUGCAUCUACAGAAAAAAAAGAAAAAAAGAGGGGCGUAUUUAUAACUACUUGUUCUUAGGCACCUUUUUGGUUUGUAUGGUCUUGAGCCUAGAAGAGCCUGUGAAAUGUUCUCCUGGAGCCUGGAGAGCCUGUGAAAUGUUUUCUGUGAUUUCAGUGGCUGUUGUGUCAGACUUUUCUUUGUCAUAAUGAACUUCACUGUGCAUUUUAAGCUUUGCUCUCUAUUUUUGAUGUGUUGCAAGGUUCUGGUGCAGUAAACAAGAAAGCAGUUUGAA